AUGCCUCGAAAAUACCAAAGAAGUACUCUGAGAGCGUCAUGGGCGUCGGAAGACCUGGAAAAGGCUAUGGAGAAAGUUCGAAAUAAAGUAAUGGGUGUCAAUGAAGCUUCCAGAACUUUCAAAAUCCCAUCUCGGACACUCAGAAGGCAUCUUCUAUCUGGAAAAUUAAAGGUUCCCCUUGGUCGCAACCCAGUAUUUUCCAUCGAGCAUGAAAAAAAGAUAGUUGCUCAUAUAAAAAAAUUAGAACAAGUUGGAUUUGCCCCAGAGAGAAAAGAUGUUAAAGAGAUGGCAUUUCAAAUAGCAAAGAAACUUGAAAUAAAAAAUCCAUUUUUAGAAAGUUCGGCAUCUGCGGGCAACACCUGGUUUAUGGGAUUUAUGAAACGUAACCCUGAAUUAAGUACGAGACAGUCAGAAGGAUUAUCGCUUGCUCGGGCUUAUGGAGUUAAUCGAGAGGACGUCAAAUACUUUUUCGAUUUACUAACCAAACUCUAUGAAAAAAAUGAUUUUGCCAACCACCCUGAAGACAUAUAUAAUAUGGACGAGUCUGGCAUCCAAGUGAACAAUAAAGCUGGCAAAGUGGUAGCCACAAAAGGAGCCAGAGACGUUUUCACGCUCACUAGCUGUGAAAAAGGGGAAAAUGUCACAGUUAUUGCUUGCUGCAAUGCCCAAGGAAACUUUAUUCCUCCAGUACUGAUAUACAAAGGAACAUACAGUAAGCCACAGUUUUCCGAGGGACUCCCCCCUGGAUCCCAAGUUUUUAUGAAUAAAAAGUCUUCCUACAUUAAUUCAGAUCUUUUCAUGAAGUGGUUUGAAGAAGUGUUUCUACGCCACAAAAGUCAAAGAAAGACGCUGUUGGUUUUAGAUGGACACAGCUCGCACAGUAAUAACAUACGACUACUGGAAGUGGCCAAAGAAAACAACGUGAUAUUGUUGUGUCUCCCUAGUCACACAACACACGCCCUUCAACCACUAGAUAGAGCAUUUUUUCGUCCUCUGAAGAUGUACUUUGCUCAAGAAGCAAGAGCAUGGAUGGUAAGAAAUAAAGAUAAGAAACUGACACGAUAUGACGUUUCAAAACUGAUCGGCGGGGCUUGGGGUAAAGCUGCUACUAUACGAAAUGGCGUAUCAGCCUUGAAGUCGUGUGGAAUCUAUCCCUUCAACCCUAGUGCUAUUCCUGAACACUACUUCUCCUUGUCAGAUUCUUUGCGAGAGCAAGAUUUGGUCGAAAACGCCCAAAAUGAUGAAGAUGAUACUUCGACAGAGUCCAUGUCAUUGCUUGUAGGUCCUUCGGCUACACUUCCAGAUUUACCCAUAGCGUCACAGCAGAUCAACCUUGAACUGGAGGCCGAAACUUCAAAACAACAUCGUUCCGAGUACGUUUUGAUGACUACUGCGUCAACACCCACAUCACCCAGUGAACAAGGAUCUGGUAAUAUUUUGGUCACCACAGCGACAAUACAUUCGCCGCUUCGUUGUCGCGUUCCUGAACUUGAAGCUAAUUUUGAAGAACAAACAGCCAAUAAAAACAAGUCAGAUGAUUCUACAAGUGCUAUUCAUUCACCGAUACAAAUAAUGACUCUUUCUCCAGCAACCCCCAAAAAAUGUCCGCAGAAGCGUCCUACUGAACCACAUAGCAUUGAAUUAAAUGACAUGGAUCUGAUUGAACAAAUAAUACCUGAAAAGACCGUAACUGCCGACUCCAAAGAUACGCCUUCCAAAAUUUUAAGUGAAAUCCAUCCUGUACCGAAACUGCCAUUCGUACUAUCAAAAAAGAAGCAAAAAGCCGUUAUUCUAACUUCUGAUGAGCAUAUACAAAAAAGAAAAUUAAUUGCAGAUAAAAAGAAACAGAAAGUUGAAGCUGGGAAACUAAGACAAAACACGAGCGCCAGAAAGAGAAAAGCGCUCACUACGAGGAAAAAGGAACCUAAGCACGCGCUGCGAGAGAAGAAAAUAACGUUGUCCGCCGUGUGCAGCCGUGCGGAACCGAAUUUUCAUAAAUGA